CAUCAUCAUCAUCAUCAUCAUCAUCAUCAUCAUCAUCAUCAUCAUCGUUUCUGUUUCUUGAUCGUGAAAAGAUCAAACCCAAUUUUUCGAUCACAAUUAAGUGCUGAACCUGAAAAUUUUGGAAUUCAGGACGGUUGAUAUUAAUGGGUUUCUUAGUUAAUUAAAUUUCAAAAUGUUCUUAUUUUUCUUUUCCUUCAUUUUCCGAACAAGCAAACAGAGCCAUUAAGAAUACCUGAGUUCAAUUUUUUAUUUUAAACUUAAAAGGGGAAAGAUUCUAGAAACUCAUUAAUAUCAUGUUUGCAUUAUAAGAAAAAUUUGUGCUUUGUUGAUGAGAAAUUCCAGAAAGCUUCUGGAGCAGUUAAAGAAGAAACGGGAACUUGGAAUAACGACUUGGUAUGGGGAGUGCGCUGGAGACCUUAUGUGGACAAGCUUAUGGUGCUGGACAAGUCCAGUUGCUUGGGGUUUACUUGCAGAGAUCAUGGAUAAUUCUAUUAGUAACCUGUAUCAUCCUCUUGCCAAUAUACAUCUUUGCCACCCCAACCCUAAAGGUCCUUGGGCAAGAAGACGAGAUAGCUGAUCUUGCUGGACAAUUCACUAUCGAAACCAUUCCUCAAUUGUUCUCGCUUGCCAUCAUCUUCCCCACCCAGAAGUUCCUUCAAGCCCAAAGUAAGGUGAAUGUGCAAGCAACUAUCUGUUUUGUGGCUCUAAUCCUGGACAUUGGCUUGCUUGCGGUCUUCAUUUUUGUGUUCGGUUGGGGCACGACUGGUGCAGCCAUAGCUUAUGACAUCUCCAAUUGGGUGAUCGCCGUGGCUCAAGUGGUCUAUGCAAUCGGUUGGUGCAAAGAAGGAUGGACAGGAUUAACGUGGUCGGAUUUCAGGGAGAUUUGGGCUUUUGUUCGGCUUUCACUUGCAUCGGCUGUGAUGCUUUGGGGUGCAGGGACUUUGGGGGGGCAUGAUAUGUGGAACUGCUUCGCAGACAUUGAUACUAUUGUUCAUAGUAUACCGAACCAACUGGAACAGGGAGGUAGAGCAAACAACAGAGAGGAUGCAGAAGUGGGGAGGACAGCGGAUUGAAGACGAUGAUGUAUGAUGUUACUUCUCUUUUGGUUUCCUUGUAUGGAUGAAAGAAAAGGACCGUGUCUACACGCUACUAUUUGAGUCUUAUUUUUUAUUCCAAGGUUUCAAACAUCCUUAUGAUCUGAUAGCAUGGGCAUCAAUUUCUAACAGUAAUGAAAUAUAUUUUUUUUUUAUGAGAAUGAUUAAAAAAUAAAUAAAAUCGUAAUCCCUCCUCAGCCAUUCAAUG